AUGGUCAAUGAACACGCAUUACCGUACGUCUUCAAAACAAUCAGCUCGCCCACAAGUUAUUUAUGGUGUUUCGAAACGUAUCUAGGCUUGCCAGAGCCCAAAGUCGGGCUGUUCGACACCACUGGCAAACCUCAGUUAUCCGAGUCGCGCAUUCUCAGCAUGGUCGCUGAGCUCACAGACCCAUACAAAGUCGGCUUUCGAACAGUGGGAUCACGCGAACACGCUCUGGGAGACGCUUGGGCUGUCGACCAGGUUCAAGGUCUAACCGCGUUAUGCGAUCACGUGAAAAGCCGCGCAAAGACGCGGGGAGACACAGUGGACAUCGAGUGCGAAUGGGAUAGGCAACAGGGAAGCGGUACUCACAAAUUCGAUAUAAUGAACCAAGUCAUCUAUAAAUCCUACCAGAAUCUCACAAACAUACUCUUUCGCAUCUCAAACUCGAAGCCAGAGUCAAAGUCGCUGGCAUUGCUCCUGAAUGCACACUUGGAUUCCACCUUGCCGACACCUGGAGCCGCGGAUGACGCGCUUUCUGUCGCGAUAUGUUUCGAAACGGCCCGUGUUUUGAUCGAAAGUGCUGGUAGAGGGGACUGGGAUGUCGGAUGGAGCAUUAUCUUCUUGAUCAAUAAUGCCGAAGAGACGUUCCAAGACGCUUCUCACCUCUUCUCCACGCAACAUCCUUGGGCACAGACCGUUAGGACAGUGAUGAAUCUCGAAGCGGCAGGUAGCAAAGGUCCAGAGCUACUCUUCCAAGCGACAAGUGAGGAGAUGGUGGGCGUUUAUCAAGAUGUUCCGUAUCCAUAUGGUACCGUCCUGGCAAACGACGUCUUUGCCAGUGGAAUUCUCAUGUCCGAUACCGACUUUCGCCAGUUUGAUCAAUAUCUUCUUGUACCUGGCAUCGAUAUGGCAGUCGUCGGUCAUUCCUACUUUUAUCACACGACCAAAGACACUGUGGACAAUAUCGAGCCAGGUGUCGCACAACAUUUUGCCGAAAACGUCCUCGCUAUCACCAAGAAGAUUACGGCUCGUCCAAAGAACAUCAAAGGAGAAUACGAGCCGACCUCGCUGCUCCAACAGAUCCAAAAGUUUGACGAAGACUCCUCAAGGCUCCAUUCAAGCAAGCAAGAAGCGGGGCUGAACGAUACUCCAGACUAUGCGACUACGAGCUCUUCACCGUUUGCCAAGGAUAACCGUGGAGGGCAACAACACUCUCGCCGCCCAGACCUCGUUUUCUUCUCCUUAUUCGGGUGGAAGCCGUUUGUGUAUAGUGGUACUACGGCGCGUAUCAUGUAUACGCUCUGGUCCGUUCUUUGUACGUGGGUAGUCUGGACAAGCAGAGGCGAAGAGACCGUGCCGUCCUCGUCGGACAAGAAUCAAGCGGGCAGUGCAAAGCCCAUGUCCACAGCGACAUUUAUUCGACUGAUGUUAGGAUCCAUCGCUCACGUACUGUUGUCGCUCGUGAGAGCGCUGGCAUAUGCAAACGUGGUGGCGUUUAUCAUGCGCUCUGUGCUGAAUGCCCAACUCAGUUGGUUCUCAAACGAACUACGACCUAUCGGGCUCUAUGCGUGGCCUGUCGUACUUGCCCUGCUGAGUCCGGCGCCAAGCAUGCUCGUACCCAAAACGAUCCCAUCUGAACUCGCGGAGCGACUCAUACUCUACGCCGUCUUGCUCCUCAACGCUUAUUUGGCUGUUGUUGUGCAGUUUGCCGGGAUUGGGAGCGCGAUCGUCUUCUUCUUAAUCUCAAUGGGAAUCGGCAGUGCCGUCGCUUUGGGCCUCCUAAUGGACAGUUUCAGUCGUCGACCGAGACUGCGUAUUCACCCUCUUCUCUACUUCUUUGGCUCUGCACUUCCCCUGGCGUCAGGAACGCAGCUGACUGUUGGAACAUUGGACGUCUUUGUACCUUUGACGGGACGGAUGCCACCCUUUGUACCAGCGGAGCAUAUUAUCGCCUCUCUUGUCGCGGUGUUCCUCUAUCUCGCCUGCCCACUACUCGUCCCACUCGCAUAUCGCCUUCCCAUUCCAACCACCUCGUCACCUGCAACCGCCUCACUCACCUCAUCGGUAAACGGACCAAACGUCCGAUGGUGCCUGCGCAUCGCGAGCGUUGGGGCUGUAGCGUGGUUUGCGUAUCUGAGCGGAUUGGGGACGUGGCCGUUUGAUGCCGAGCAUCCGAAGCGAAUAUUUAUCAGUCUAUCGGAAGAUGUGUCGACUGGCCAAUAUGGUCUCCAUCUUGCGGGAAUGGACGGCGCACCGGGCUUUACGGAUCUUGCUGAGAAACUCGGCCAUUAUAUCGUUCCAGCGAGCGGUAAUCACGCUGUAGAGAAACCUACCAAAGCCGAAUUUGAUCAAUGGAACCCAUACUGGGGACCGUUCUAUCCACUGGGUGCUCUUUUGGAUCACUAUUCGUUCGUUUCUCUUCCACCUCUACCUGCGCCGUCGGCAGCAUGGCAGGACAAGGAAACCUUUGGCAUCAUCGUUCACGAAGACACGGUCAACGCCGACGCAAAGACUAGGUCAUUAAAGUUGGAGAUGAAGCACCGAGGCGUAAUUUGGACGAUGUUGGCAUUCGACGCGCAUAUCCUAUCGUGGAACAUUGACGAUAACCCGCCGAAAGGCUAUACACGCCACCACAUCAAGGAGGCGUCUUUCUAUGGCGUGGAUUCAUGGUCGCUCGAGUUGAUGAUCAAGACGGACCCGAAGAUUCCACCGCACAUGGUGGAGGAAGCGGCGGCAAACGCAGACGCUGGAGGUGUCAAAUUGACCCUGAGCGGAAUGGUCGAAGCGGAGAUGUGGCCUGGGAAAAAGUAUCUCUGGAAACAAGAGCAGGCAAAGCACGGAUCAGCGGCAGUGGAGAACGGCGUGAUGGACCUGUUUGAGCGGAUAUCCGACUGGAUGGAAGAGGAAAAGAAGGGAAGCACCGACGUGUUUAUGAUGCAUACCGUCAUUACGGAGACGAUCAUCUAA